CGACGAUGGUGUGUCACAUGGACCGAGUGGCCGUCGCGGACGCCGACGCAGGCGUGUCCACCGAGCCGACGCAAAAGGCGCUCCUCGUGGACAAGGACAAGGUGCUGGCCUCCGUGCUGGCCGCACUCGCGCCGCUCCUCCACCAACUGCCUGGCGACCGGUUUGAAACGGUCGGGCGUUUCAGAGUGGAAGAUAUUGUCGCUGACGCGGUCUCCCACCAACGCCCGAUCACGUUUGUGAUGCCAGCGUUUCCGUUCAAGUCGCCCAACGUCCGCGAGAAGACCCUCGGAGUCCUCCCCGACCGCGGCGAGGCCGUCGCGCUCGCUCGCCUCGAUGCCCUCUGCGCGGCAAUUGCGUCCGUGUACGUCCAUGGAGCGCGCGCCGUCAUCUUCAGCGACGGACGCAUCUUCAACGACAUCAUCGGCGUCUCGCUCGAUACAAUGGACGCGUACGCGAUGGCGCUCGAAGACUUGGCGCGCGACAGCGGGCUCACGCACCUCGUAUUCGACCGGCUCGAGGCCUACACGACGACCGAGGAACCGAAUACGGAGCUACUCGUGCGCUACGGCUGUGACCAGCUCGACAUGGCGGCUCUUCUCAAGGAAGACAGCGAACUGCUCGCCACGUACCGGAGCUUUCGCCGGUUUUUGGCCAAGGACUUGGCGCUCACGUGGGCGGGCCUCAGCAAAUCGGCGAUCGACAAGGCCGCGGGCGUCGCUGCCAAGUGCAUGAUUCAGCGCAACAUGGCGUUCUCGUCGCUUGUCGACGACUGCUACCCCCAUGCGAUCCGCCUCUCGAUCCACGCGUACGACAACGCAGGCCCGAAAUACAGCGUCGCGCUCAUUCCGCAGCUCGAGAGCGCGAUCCCAACGACACCGUGGCACUGCGUCAUGUGCCAAGACCGCGACGGCAGCCUCCGUUCGCGAAAGCAUGAAGACGUCGAUACGAGCCGAUAUACGCUCGAGACCAAGUACGGCCGUCCGUGGCAGUACGUGGAGAAGGCGUGA